CCGGCCGCAGGGGUCGCUGUGCCCCGCCCGCCCAGCCGGUCUCCGCCGCGGACUCUCUUGCUGGCUGGGCCGCGGCCGCCGGAUCAGCCCCUUUUCCGGGUUCGCUGCGCUGCGCUCGGGGCCGGCUCAGGCUGCCGCCGCCGCCGCUGGGGAUCGGGCCUCGGGCAGAGACCGCGCGGGACCCGGAGCCCGGCCCGCCAGCCCCGCCCCCCCCCGCCGGGCCGGGACCGGCCCCCCCGCCCCGCUUCCCCCCCGGGCCGGCCUGGCUCUGCUGCCCCCCGCCGCCGCCCUCCUGCGCUCCGUGCCCCGCCUCGGCAGCCCCGCCGGCCCCCUCCGCCGCCGCCUCCUGCAGCCGCCCCCGCCGCUCGCCCCCGCCAUGCCCGGCCCGGCCGCCGGCAGCAGGGCCCGGGUCUACGCCGAGUAAUCAGGACGAUUACCAACUGGUUCGGAAACUCGGCAGGGGAAAAUACAGCGAAGUCUUUGAGGCUAUAAACAUUACCAACAACGAGAGAGUGGUUGUGAAAAUCCUCAAGCCAGUGAAGAAAAAGAAGAUAAAACGAGAGGUUAAGAUUCUGGAGAAUCUGCGAGGUGGCACCAACAUUAUUAAGCUGAUUGACACUGUCAAGGAUCCAGUGUCAAAGACCCCAGCUUUGGUGUUUGAGUACAUCAAUAAUACAGAUUUUAAGCAACUGUACCAGAUCCUGACAGACUUUGAUAUUCGGUUUUAUAUGUAUGAGCUGCUCAAGGCCCUGGAUUACUGUCACAGCAUGGGGAUCAUGCACAGGGAUGUCAAACCCCACAACGUCAUGAUAGACCACCAACAGAAAAAGUUGCGGCUCAUAGACUGGGGUUUGGCAGAGUUCUACCAUCCAGCUCAGGAAUACAAUGUCCGCGUGGCCUCGAGGUACUUCAAAGGACCGGAGCUCCUUGUGGACUACCAAAUGUACGACUAUAGCUUAGACAUGUGGAGUUUAGGCUGCAUGCUGGCCAGCAUGAUCUUCCGAAAGGAGCCCUUCUUCCAUGGCCAGGACAACUAUGACCAGCUGGUUCGCAUUGCUAAGGUUCUGGGCACAGAUGAACUGUAUGGGUAUCUGAAGAAGUACCACAUAGAACUGGAUCCGCACUUCAAUGAUAUCCUGGGACAGCAUUCGCGAAAACGCUGGGAGAACUUCAUCCAUAGCGAGAACAGACACCUGGUCAGUCCUGAAGUCCUGGACCUUCUGGACAAACUUCUGCGAUAUGACCAUCAACAGAGACUGACUGCCAAAGAGGCCAUGGAGCAUCCAUAUUUCUACCCAGUGGUGAAGGAGCAGUCCCAGCCCAGCUCAGAAAAUGCUGUGCUCUCCAGUGGCCUGACAGCAGCGCGAUGAAGGCUGGAAAACAACGGGUCCGAUGCUGUUCCUCCCAAUUUUCCAUAAGCAGAACAAGAACCAAAUCAAACGUCUUAUCAGCGUGUGUACAGAGCUGGCGGCCGGACGGCGUUGCGGUGGCAGGUGACGAGACCAGAGACCGCACCGGCUCCAUGGCACCCACCAGUUUAUAAACACAAACCUUACUUCUGAAUGUAAAAGGUUCCUCCACCUUUGACUUCCUGUUGACCUCUUCCUGACCCAGAAAGCAUGGAAAAUGUGAAGGGUAUGCAAACCGGUUGUUGGCUAAUGUUGCUUCCCCCCCAUGCUGACCUUUGCCCCCCUGAACCCCAGCGUAACGUAUUAACUAGCUGGCUCCAGACUUGACGCAGCAGGGAGGGGGCAGCAGGGGGAAAUAUGGCAUGAUGGACAGUUCUAUAUUAUAAUUAAAGGAAUUCUAUAUUAUUGAAUAAAAGUUUUAAAAGAAUUGUAUGGAGAGUAUUCAGUAUGGAAGGAGCCAUGGGGCGUGCCCCCCCCCGCAGUGGAGGAUGCUGGGGCUGGUCGGAGCCCUUCCUGGUGCUGUCUCCUGCCAUUCGCUUGUUUUCUGUUGGGGGGGGAAGAGAGUGAAUCUGCUGUACAAAAUCACUUGACGUGUAGUGGUGGGCUAGAACCCCCUGCCUCCAACUACUGGACGGGCUUAAGCAGCCGGGCUAACGGGGGACAGGAGCUCGUAAAUUGAUAGGAAAACUCCACACUGGGCCUAGCAUCUUUCCCUCAAUGUCAAGCUCUUUCGGAGGCCUGGAUAAACACUAGACGCUUGAUCCCCCAAGUGGUGUCUGCACCACAGCAGAGGGUGAGACUGGCUGCCACUUUUAGCUAGUAUCCCAUUUCCCUCCCCCUGCCUCUGAAUGAAUGGCAGAGCCAGGAAAGGCGCAAUCACUUUCUCCUUCCCUGCCCCAGCUGAGAAGGAAGUGAUACAGGGUGGGGUCUCUCAAGAGAUGCCCUAAUCAAGGGAGGCCUUUGCAACUGUAGUUCAAAGUCUGGCUGCCUGGAGAUCUCAGCUGGAUUUAGAAAAGGAUAAGGAGUUAGUGCAGACAGGGGGGCUAACACCCCUGAUAUGGACACACACAGUGGGUGACUUCAGUCCUCUGCCCCAGCCCUCCUGAGCAGGGAAGAGGCUUAUUCUCGUGAAUCCUAAACACAGUGGACUCCCUACCCUCACAGUUCUCUGUGGGGACCACUGAGCCCCCCCUUGCCCCCCCCCUCCACCCGGGCAGAACCAGCAGCGCUCACAAUGCUUCCUCUUUCGUGACUGCUCCCUGGAGUGCUUCUGACUUCCUCCUCGGCCACUGCCUUGAGCUGCACCUCCAUCUGGGUAGUGAAUCGAACCAGCUAGUGGGCUGAACCAGGGUUUUCUCCCCGCUCCUUCCGUCCCUCUAACCCCUGCUCAUAUCAAAUCUCCUUCCUGCUAGCGGUAAUGGUGCCAUUUGCGUUUCCUGACGCCUCGGUUCAGGGAGAGAUCUCUGUCGGACGGGUGGGCCCAUCCCUGUCGCGGCAGCCACCUCGUCACCUGCGCAGUCGUCAAGUGUUUAUCCCAGCUGUGUCUCUGCACUGGGCGGGCAGCGUUUCCGAGCCAGUGAGCUCGAGCUUGAAAUUAACAAACCCGGAUGCUUGAAGCUUCUUUUUAAAGUUCCAGCAGGACUCCAAUUCUACUUUUGUCAUUCCUUUUCUCUGGCCCUCCUCUCUGCCUCCAGCUCCCCUUGCAUAGUUUUUAUCCAGCGCCUUGGUACUGAAGCUGUCUGUUGUAAGGCUACCUCUGAUAUAAGGCUAUCUGCUGUAUGUUUUGUCUCCUGGCUCUUUGGAAGCUCAUUAUAAAUACCUCUUUAUAACAAGCACCUCCCUGUAAUGUACAUUUAGUAUCUUCGACGCCUUAUAGAAGUGGUGCUAUGUAUGUGUGCGUGUGUAUAUAAACUCUGUAUUUAUUA